UCACAGGCUAAAUGAACUGAUGAAUCAAUAAAUCGAAGAUGAGUCAACAAUUUGACAUUUCGCAGACAGGUGUUCCCCCCGUCAAAAGUGGAAAGUGGAUGAUCAUCUUGCACAUCUCCAACUCUUGGUCACUUCCAGCUCAAAUUGAAAUUGAAAUUCGUAUAAAAGCUGGCGCUCGCCCAUCGAUUAACAUCAGUCGUGUUUGAGGACACAGAAGCCAACGAUACGUAGAAUUUAGAGGCAGUAGGCGAUUUUGUCGAUCAACCCACAACUGGAAUAGUAGUCAACAUGAAGGUCUUUGUGUGUCUGUGUGCGCUUUUCGCUGUGGCCAACGCUGGCUUUCUGGGUCUGCUCGGCGGUGGAGGUGGCGGCGGUGGCGGUGGCGGCGGUGGCGGUGGCGGUGGAGGUGGCCACGGUGGAGGUGGCGGCGGUGGUCAUGGAGGUGGAUAUGGCGGUGGUCAUGGUGGCGGACAUGGCGGCGGUCAUGGCGGCGGACAUGGCGGCGGACAUGGCGGUGGCGGCGUACACGUUGUCAAAGUUAUCCAAGAGCAGGGUGGUCAUUAUGGCGGCGGAGGACAUGGUGGUGGUGGCUACUCUGGAGGCGGCGGACAUGGCGGUGGCGGCGUCCAUGUUGUCAAACUUAUCCAAGAGCAGGGUGGUCACUAUGGCGGCGGAGGACAUGGUGGUGGUGGCUACUCUGGAGGCGGCGGACAUGGCGGUGGCGGCGUCCAUGUUGUCAAACUUAUCCAAGAGCAGGGUGGUCACUAUGGCGGCGGCGGACAUGGUGGUGGCGGCUACUCUGGAGGCGGCGGCGGAGCCGUACAAGUUGUCAAAGUUGUCGAACAUCAGGGUGGUCACUCUGGCGGCGGCGGACAUGGUGGUGGCGGCUACUCAGGCAGCGGCGGCGGAGCCGUACAAGUUGUCAAAGUUGUCGAACAUCAGGGUGGUCACUCUGGCGGCGGCGGACAUGGCGGCGGACAUGGCGGCGGACAUGGCGGCGGAGGCGUACAAGUUGUGAAAGUUAUCAAAGAGCAAGGUGGUCACUCUGGCGGCGGCGGACAUGAUGGUGGUGGCUACUCUGGCGGCGGCGGAGGCGGAGCCGUACAAGUUGUCAAAGUUGUCGAACAGCAAGGUGGUCACUCUGGCGGCGGCGGACAUGAUGGUGGUGGCUACUCUGGCGGCGGCGGAGGCGGAGCCGUACAAGUUGUCAAAGUUGUCGAACAGCAGGGUGGUCACUCUGGCGGCGGCGGACAUGGUGGCGGACAUGGCGGCGGAGGCGUACAAGUUGUCAAACUUAUCCAAGAGCAAGGUGGUCACUCUGGUGGCGGCGGCGGUGGGGAACAUGUCAAAGUGAUCAAGGUGUUGCAUCAUCAUACGCACAGCGCACCCAGUGCACCCAUCGUCGAGAGUGGUCCACAGGUCAUCAAGGUGGUGCACGAGAAUCAUCAGCAUAAUCAGGUUGCCGCGCCAUUGGCGCAUACCACCACUAAAGUGGUGCGCGUCAUUCACGAACAUGCCGCCGUUGCGGCUCCAGCUCCAGCGCCCAUUUAUCAUGCGCCCGAACCCGCGCCCGCUCCUGUUUAUCAGGCACCCGCUCCUGUCUAUCAGGCACCCGCACCCGCUCCUGUUUACGAAGCACCCGCUCCUGUUUACCAUGCACCUGCUCCAGCUCCUGUUUACAACGCACCCGCUCCAGCUCCAGCUCCAAUUUACAAUGCUCCCGCUCCAGCUCCUAUUUACAGCGCCCCCGCACCAGCGCCCAUUUACAAUGCACCCGCGCCCAUUUAUAAUGCACCCGCGCCCGCUCCUGUUUACAAUGCACCCGCACCGGCACCAGCGCCCAUCUACAGCCCUCCCAUCGGGCUGCCGGCGCCACAUGCCGCAUAUGGUGCACCACUGCAGGCACCGUUGCCGCAGCUCAGCGUACCCGAAUCGGCGCCAGCGCCAGCAUUUAAUCAGAGCCCCGUGCUGAGUUUGCCGGCGCCCGUCGAGGAGCAAGCGCUGCCCAUUGGCCAUGCGCCCGCCCAGAGCUAUGGUCCGCCCAACUAUUAAAUAGAUAACAGAUAUCGGAGAUCAGAGAUCAACAACAAGAGCAACAGC